AUGGCGACAGCCCUGCUUCUGGAAUCCCUUCCUUCUCCUCGCCUCAUUCCACUCCCAAUGCACCCCCUUUUCCCAUCUGAAUCCCGGAGUCCUCCUUUCUUUCCACCCUCCCCCCUCUUCCCUUUCGCCCCCCCACCGCUUCCCGCAGCGCCGCUGCGUCUGGGCGUUGACCAAGUCAACGCCAACCCGCGCCUGCUGCCACGUCACCGCCUCGAUAUGCAGCUGCUGGACGGCGGAGCCACGCCUUUCCUCGGACAGCUGGCAGGUGAGAGACGGGGCGGCGCCUCGCAAGAGGCGAUGAAGAAGGAUCGGCUGCUCAUCGUCGGGCCAAUGCUGUCCCUUUCUCCCCGCCCCCCUUUGUUCCCUGUCUCCCCUCACUCCCCCCUCCACCGCCUUUCCCUCCUAACUAGGUCUAGAGGCGAUGAAGAAGGAUCCGCUGCUCAUCGUCGGGCCAAUGCUGUCGGGACAGGUGGCGCUGCUUGGAAGCAGCCUCGGGAAUGCCGCCCAGUGGCCUAUGCUGCCACGCACCCCACCCUCACUGUCAGAAUGGGCGGCUUUCCUUUGGCGCGCCUCACUAUACCUCACCUGUUCUCUCUCUUAUUUCUCCUUCUCUCCUUGUUCCUUCAGAUCCCCAUGGUGGCCUAUGCUGCCACGGAUCCCACCCUCACUGUCAGCACAGAGCGGCAAUUUGUCAUGCGGACGACCCACAGUGAUGCUGCUGAGAUGCAGGCAAUCGCAGACAUCAUCAGGCAUCACGAGGAGGACAGGUGGUUGGAGGUGGUCACAAUCUACAUUGACAACCGCUUUGGCCGCAACGGCAUCGUUGCUCUCGAAUCGGCGCUGCAGAACAAGGGCUCUAAAGCAAGAAUAUCUCGCGCCAUACCUUUAGACAUCACAUGGACCGUGGCAGACGUGAAAGAGAAGCUGCUGCCUCUGGUGGAGCGGGAGGAGUCGACAGUGGUGGUGGUGCACGAUGCAGGGGGGCAGGACACGGGGCGAGUCUUCAUUGCUGCCAUGGAGCUGGGGCUGCUGACUGCCCCGUACGCGUGGAUUGCCACUGAAGCCACGUGGACGGUUGUGAUUAGCGGAGAUGACACGCUGGCACCCGUCAGGAAAGCCAUGGAGGGCGUGUUGGGCAUUCAGGCCUACCUGCCGCCAUCACCUGAGCUCGCCAGUUUCAACAAGCUCUGGAACAGUGUGGAUCCCAAACAGUACCCAGGAGCAGGGGAAAAGCCGGACAUCUACACGCUGCUGGGAUACGACACAAUCAUGUUCGUCACUCACGCCCUUCAGCAGCAACACCAGCAGUACCAGUGCCACUGUUUCUGCUCCCCCUCUCUCCCUCUCUUUCCCCCCCAGCCGGACAUCUACACGCUGCUGGGAUACGACACCAUUAUGUUUGUCACUCACGCCCUCCAAACGGCUGUUGAUACUGGAGGGACAUCAUGUGGGGAGCAAGCAGCACUGGCAGAGUCGGUCGUUGGGCACAAUGCCAUCUCGCCCCUCCUCUCGAGAAUCAAAGUCAGACCAUGUAAGACCAUUGGACAUUUGAUGUGGAGGGGUAUGGGAGUGGUGGUGGCAGUGGUGGGGAGGGAGCAAGCACUGCCAGGGUCGGUCAUCGGGCAUCAAAGUCCGACCAUGUAA